AUGCCUUGGUGUUCAACUGAGCAUUCGAGCAUGGAUAAGUUUAAGCAAAAACUGAAGAAGGAUAAGACGCAACAGAAUUGUAAGGAGAAAAUCGUUGCUGAUGUCAAGUGCAUUAAAGAGAAUAUUAAGAUUAGGGAAAUAUUGAGGAACGUCAAGAUGAAUAGCAGCAUGCGACUAAAAGCUCCGACGGGCAGUAAAGUGAUGGACAACACGGAUUUCAGUGAUUACGAAGAUUGUUUUGAAAAUGAUCUCGUCGAUGAGGACACCCCUAGAGAUGACCCUCCGUGUGCUAUGAAUCACGAUUUGAUCCUAUCGCAUUCAGAGUUCUCUAGUAUGCCCUGCGAUUUAAAUAACGUUAAAACUAAUUUGAAAUUCGAAAAGUGUAGAAGCAAUUCGGAAGCGAAUUUAUCAACUACCCUACUAGAUAUAGUCGAGAAUAGGCCGAACGUGAACGAAGUCCCAACAUCUGUGCCAGAACAUUUUCACACUCUCCCAGCGAAUUGUAGAAAUAGGAAGACAUCUUUGGACCCAACUAUUCUCAAUCGGAAGAUCUCGCAGUCCGAACUAGAUUUAAAUUCCCUAGGGAAGUCUCCUCUUGAGAGAAAAUCGACGUUCUUUAGGAAGAAGAUGGAUAGCUUCCUGAGAAACACGUCGACUUUCUUCAGAAAACAGUCUGGCAUGCCCCCGUAUAACAAUCAGAGUGUUGGAAGAACCGCCGAGUCCUUGCAAUGUUUGAAUGAAAACCGCUUUGAAGGCGACGAUAUUUUUCAUAAUAAUCAAUUGAAACAGGUCACCCCGGAGGUGAGCAGAAGUGCAGCGAGCCUUGUAUCCGAGUCAACAAUAGGCAGCACAUCCAGCUCCUCGCAGUUCAUCGACCAGCCUUUGAAUCCAAGUCUUGGCGGAAGCAUGUCCACAUUGUUUACUCAAAAUCUAAAGGACUCUGCGUCUAACAGUGCACAAAGUCUGAACGAAGCUUACAUACAAGAAGCAAUGCUGACGUCACGAGCGAUUUCUAUGAACUCCGGCUUAGAUACUACUGGCAAUCGGAGGGGGAGGAAAUCCAGAGCGAAUAGAGUAACAUGGCUAGCCAGCGAAGGGUUAACUAACUACUUCAGACGAGUGAUACAGGACGAAAAGAGUAAGGAGAAAAUUAAGAGCUACCACUCGAAUCAAGACUUCUUAAGUAUACCAGAGAAUGACAUGUGUGCCCUGGGGACAGACACGAAGGGGCGAAGGCUUUCGUACCAACGAGCGGUGUCGGGCGAAGAUCCAGUGCAACCCUUGAAACACCAGGACUCAACAUUACGAAAACGCCACCAGAGCUCUGAAAAAAACGAAACCACCGAACUGCAGAACCAUUUGGCGGAGUUCUCGAAGAGCGGCGUUCCGUCGCUGCAGGGCUUUGUCGUCGCCUCGAUACCGGAGACCUCGUUUUCCUAUCUCAUGUGGGCUGAUCAGUCUGGAAACCUGGAAUUCAUCUAUAACUGGAAGACCCUGGAUGAAAACGAGCAACGGAAACAGGCAGUUGUCCGGGAAUUGGUGGCUACGGAGGCGAAUUACAUCCAGCACCUGAUGGUGAUAGUUGAGGUAUUCAUUGCCGCCGCACACUCGCUCCAAGAUAGCGGCAAAAUGCUCCAAUUGGAUACAGCAAGACUCUUUUCAAAUAUACCGGAUUUGCUUAACGCAAAUUUGAUAUUCUGGAACCUAACGUUUUACCCCAUGGUGAAGGACGCCGUGGAGAAUAAUACACCUUACAAUGUCGAUUUGAUGUCUGAGGGAUUCAGCCGUUUCCCUGAGAUCUUCCAGCCCUAUGAGCGGUACAUGGCUGAUCAAUCGAAAAUGAUGCUGUACCUGCGGCUUAUGCAAAAUGACCCGGAAUUCUCGAUGUACCUUAACUGGUGUUACUCUAACAAGUCGUGUAACAGACUUCAGUUAGCCGAUCUGCUGGUGAAGCCAAUGCAACGGCUCACGAAGUAUAGUCUUAUACUUCGGCGAGUCGCUGCACAUGCUAAAUCGAGUGAGGAGUCUGUUACACUGAAAACAAUGGAGAAUUAUGUUAAAUGUUACGUAAACGACUUAAAUCGAUCGAUGCGCCAACGGGAAGAGCUGGAGAAGAUAGAUGAUCUGGCGAGCUCGAUUGAGCCUCAUGAACUGGAUUUCAAAGAUGAGGAAAUGGAGAAAGCUUUCAAAGCGUAUUGUGCAUUAAAUUUGAGGACGCCGAUGUUAAAUUCUAGCGAUCUACCACUGAGAAAUCUUUUAUACGAAUGCGAUUUGCGGUUCAAGGAUAAUAUAGGGAAAGAGACUGAAGUCAAGCUAUUCCUUCUAACGGAUCUGAUGUUGAUUUGUAAAAAGCAAUCAAAAGGGAACUCUUUACCCUUCAAAAUGAUAAGGCCAAAAAUAUUUUUGGAGCGGCUCGUGCCUUGGCAGAAGUCGGCCAAGUCUCCAAGCCAAAACAGCCUGGUAUACAUCAUAUUGGAUGAUUGUAAUUCCGCCACCGGCUGUUUUACUCUGAGCGAAUCAUCGAAAGACCCUAUGCCAGCUCAAACUCUCAAGACGUUGGAACUAAAAAUUAAAGAGGCCAGAAUGUCGCACGCCAUGUACGUUUGGGCAGCCAUGAACCCUUCAAGAGAUCUCAGCGAGAUGGAAGCCAGUGAAUCCGGAGUUAAGUUAAAAACUCCAGAAGACAUGGCCAUUGAGAACGAAGCUCGUGAGAGAGUGGCUUGUAUGUUCCACCGCGGCUUGGGUGUCUCCACUGAUGAAUGCUCACAGUCCUUCACCACAGACUCUAACGAGACCGCUGGUGAAGGACCCACAUACAACCGUAUGGGUGCACAAAGACAAUAUGUGCAUAGACUUUCGACUGCAAGUUCCCGACAAUCGCGCUUAUCCAGCUUUCAACAGUCGCUAAGCGCUACAUCCAGGGACGAACCUCAAGCUGGUUCAAGCAAAACGAUAUAUCGGGCGAGCACCUCUUUUGAUCAACCGGUAACAUCAAUCACUGUGAACGUGGUGAAUGAAAAUGAAGCAGCGACGCCACUAGACCCCCUGGUAGCGGACGGGUUAACCGUUCACGUUACACCUGCGCCGGAGUCACCACACUCUUUAUCGCCCCACCCGCAGAACAAUGUGUCGGUCCUUAGAAGUCACCCAGAUUUGCGACCAGAAACUAUUACGCUUUCAUUCAGUAGUCCCGGACCAUCAGCUUCUGAGAGGCUCUAUCAGUCCCAUCAAGAAUUGCUGCAAAGGAACCGUUUAGCUGCUAGCCAAUACUUGACACCAGAUCACAGAGGAAGUAGCUACCCGCCACCUAGUCCUACCAGGGCUUCCUUGAAACGUGGUUUGGCGUUUUCCUACUCAUUCAAAAACCCACCUCUCUCAAAAAUGGGAAACGUUUACAGUCAGUCACAGUUAGACGCUGCGAUGUAUGCAAGCCAGCAGUUAGAUAGGCAACCGAGUCCAAGUUUGAGUGAAAAAAGCGAUAAGAAGAACAAGAUACUAGGAAACAGGAACAAAGCUGCAUCCAGCACGGACCCUGAAGAAUCGGCAGCCAGCUCCAGCGUACCAACGCGUCAUACUUCCGUCCAAGAGAAUACAGACAUCGCCAUUGAAAGACCAAGAAGCGCUGACGAUGUUGAAUGA